AUGGAGCUGUGCCGGGACCCUGCCCAGCUGCGUGACCUGUAUGUCCCUCCCCCCCGGCCCCGGGACACGACGGAAGACGGGCGAAGGUUCAACUUCAAGGUGACGUCGUGGAACGUGGACGGUCUCAGGGCCUGGGUGAAGAAAGGAGGCCUGGAGCGGGUCCAGGCCGAUGCCCCCGACGUCCUUUGCCUCCAGGAGACCAAAUGUGGGGCCGAGUCGGUGCCAGAGGAGCUGCGGAGCCUCGGGGCCUUCCCUCACCAGCACAGCCCCAGCGACCAGCCCAGCUACAGCGGCAUGGGGCUGCUCAGCAGGACCAAACCCCUGGCUGUCACCUAUGGCAUGGGUGACCCCGAGCUGGAUGCCGAGGGCCGCGUGCUGACGGCCGAGUUCCCUGCCCUGCGCGUCGUCUGCAUCUACGUGCCCAACUCCGGGCGAGGCCUGGGCCGCCUGAGCUUCCGGCAGGCCUGGGACGAGCGCUUCUGCUCCUUCGUGUCCCAGCUGGACCGGUCCAAACCGGUCGCCAUCUGCGGCGACCUCAACGUCGCCCACCAGCCCUUGGACCUGAGGAACCCGUCGGGGAACAAGAGGAGCCCCGGGUUCACGUGGGAGGAGAGGAAGGCGUUCAGGGAGCUGCUGGGGGCAGGCUUCCUCGACAGCUUCCGGGUGUUUAACCCCUCGCUGCCCAACGCCUUCACCUUCUGGACCUACCUGAGCGGGGCCAGGGUCAGGAACGUGGGCUGGAGGCUGGAUUACUGCCUGUGGUCCCAGAGGGGCAGGAAGGAUCUGUGCGACAGCAGGAUCGAGCAGCGGGCCCAGGGCAGCGACCACUGUCCCGUGGGGAUCUACCUGGCGCUGGAGGGGAUCCGGACGUUAGGCGGAAGGAUCCGAUUGCCUAAGCGGCGGCGGAAGGACCCGAGAGGUGACGGAAACACCCGAGAGGGGACGGAAACACCCGAGGGGGGGACGGAAGGAGCCGAAGCGCCGCCGGGUGCGGUUCGGGCGGUCCCUCCGUUACCGGGGCAGGGGCGAAUCAAGGGCUCCCGGGUCCUCCCCCGACGCUGCCGCGGGACAGGGUUCGGCUCCGGCCCCGUUCGCCUUCGGCCGAGCCGGAACUGGCGACCGAAGCGAUUCGGGACCGGGACAAGCGAGUCAUGGUGGACGCGGCCACUGCCGGGAGGGGAGACACCGCGCUUUAACCCCGCCCACCGCCCCCUCCGGACGAAGACGCGGGACGACGGUCCAGGGCGCGUGAGUAAUACGGGAUCCGUCCGGGCGGGGGUUGGGAUCCCGGAGUGCGACUGUGUGAUGUGCAUGAGAGGAGAGCUGGCAGCCAGACUCUCCAAGUGA